GAGAGAGGAGGCGGAGCUGUGCCGCUCGGCCCGAGGUACAAGCAACUGAGUUCCAGAGUUUAUUACUGUAUCACGUUGAAUGACCAGGAUUUUUCCAUACAUUGUUCCUUAAGAGCAUACUUUAGUGAAAGUGAUUUUUGGAUUGAAAACAAUGGGUAGAAAAGAUGCCUCCACAUCAAGGACUCCCGUUGACCAGUACAGGAAACAAAUAGGGAAACAAGAUUAUAAGAAAACCAGACCUAUGUUAAGAGCUACAAGAUUAAAAGCAGAGGCCAAGAAAACUGCACUAGGCGUAAAGGAAGUUGCCCUUGUCCUUGCAGCUAUACUGGUAUUUUUGUUGGCUUUCUAUGCUUUUUUUUAUCUUAAUGUUUCCAAUGAAGUGGACCUUGAUCUCGAUCCAGAUGAAAACUAGCAGAUGCAGUGAAUCUAUCAUCAAGAUUUCUUCAGCUUCAACAAGACUACAUAGGAACACACAGUCCCUUCACUGUAAGACAGUAAAUGAUACCAUUUCUUCAGUCCAAAUUCAUAAGAAAGUUUUGCACUACGUCAGUCACAUUCCAGGUCUCCAACAUAAGAACACUUAUGCCUGGCCAAGUGUAUUUGUCUAAUAUCAAAGCCAGGAGCAACAGUACAAUACAUGAAGUUUAUUGUUUACAUUAUGUUUUUCUCAGGCAGAAAACUUUGAUGUCAAAAGACAGGUGCUACUAUUAUCAUGGGAAUUGAUGCUGACUUCACAGGAGUGUCUGCCUUGACUGAAUUUAGGAAUCAGAGCUUCCUAAUAACUAAAUUAGUUUUCUGUUUCUUUCUGAAAAGAAAUCAGAAAUACCAAAUAAAAAGUCUUUUCUUCAUUUGUGUUUAUAAUAUAUCAAAACACCCUCAUCCUUUCUCUCCCUUUUAAUCUUUCUUGUGCAUGUGUGCGCAUGCAUGAAGAUGGAAGAAAUUGUAGGAAAAGAAUAUCUUCUUACAAGCAGUCUGUCACCUUCUAUAUGGACUUAAUUUUCUGUCAUUCCAGAUUCUGUGUGCCCAUAUAUCUGCAGUAAUCUUUUUCAUUCUUUUGCCAACUGUUCAGCACACAUGUGUUCUGUUAGAAAUGGCACCUGGAUGACAGAAGCUCUAACAUUCACAUAUGCUUCUGAAACACAGUUCUUUGCCUCCUGUGCUGUCUGAACUAGUGUAAAUAGAAAGUUUAGUUGAUGUUGGUUUUAAUUAGUGUAUUGGUCUACUAUUAAUAUAAAGUCAAAAUUGUGUUUUAAUUAUGCUCUUCCUGAUGGUUUUGGUAUCAACUUGCUCUACCUAUUAGGGGCAUGUUGUAUAAAAACAUUCCUUUUCAGCUAUACAAUCAUUUUAAUCAUCUAACUAAUGUGAAAAUCUGUAAGUAAUAAGGAAACAUUUUUUCUCCUGGCAUACUAAUAACUGGUAAAUCUUGGCUCCUUUACAUCCUUCAGUUCUUGCAAAGUACCUUUCAAAUUAGGCACUGUAGAUAGCAUUUUUUUCCUUUUCAUAGCCAAAAGCCCCUUGAAGAAUUUGGUGUGUCAGAGCAGCUGCAGGGAGCUUUAAAAUUCUGGCUUUAUCCUGUUCUGCUUUGAGUUUGGCAUAUAAUUGAGCUUUUGGAUGUAAAGACUCAGUUUUGGUCCUCUUAAAAGUGUGGUCAGUCUUUCUCUGACUGAGAUUCAGUUCCGAUUCCGUUUGAUAUCAAGAAUGUGUAAAGCCACUGGUGCUGAAUGUCACAAGAAAAUUUAGACAGGCUGACUUUCAGAAAAGUUUUCAUAAUUCUGAGGCUUGGUUUUGCCUUUGACAUAAAUUUCAGAGCUGAAUGUUAGAUUUAAUUGCAACUGAGGUAUUUACUGUCUUGUUCCUGAGAUGCCUGGCUAAGAUUUCUUAUACUGAUUUUGAAUACAAAGGGAUACAAAUCACAGCAAAUAUUAUAAUGGAAAAUAUAUUUCUUUUAAAUUGACACAGUCCCAUUAUCACCACUUAAGAAACUUGGAUCAAUACAGUUAAUUUUUAAACCAUAUAGUAACUAUGACCAUAUACAUUAUGAGUCCCCAAGGAUCCACUUCAUAUGUGUCAUAGUGUUCAUUCGCUUUAUGCCAUGCAAAACAACGACUCUAGAAAUUCAGAGUACAACAGUCUUCCAAAGAAUAUAUGAAAGAGAAAAUUAUAUAUGCAAAUAUAUCUCAUUUUCUAUGUAUGACUCUUACAGACACAAAAUCCUAACAUUUCUGUAUAUGACUUACAGUCCUCUACUAAUUGCAUACUUGACCAAACACCUUGCAACAUGCUGAAUUUAUGGUGAAGCGUUAUCUGACACAUGGCCCAACUUCCAGUGGAGGGAAAAGCAUAUCACAAACCGUCUCCUUGUAUGUGACCUGCCUUUCACUCCACCAGCACCCAACCACAUGUCACAGAAGCUGCAGACCUCUCCUGUUACUCCUCUCCUGUUACUUUACACUAGCAGUUUUCAUGUUCUAUAACAUGCUGGAAGGAUUGCUUCCUUAAUGUCAGCACAUAGCUCUCUGGGUCAUGUAUGGUCUGAGAAAGAUACGUCGUUACUUCCUUCAUGCAGGUCAUCCUUCUCAAUGAUCUGCUCUCUCUUGCUCUCUCUCUCUCUCAUAACCUGCUUUCUCAAUUGGUUGUGUUAAAAAGCAAGCAAUUACUUACUUACUGCCAAAUUUGUGAACAUGAAGUUCCUAGAACAGGAAUAUUCCAUUUCCUAAAACUGUGAAUCAGACCAAAUCUGAAGUGCUUGUAUAUGUGAUUCUAUCAGCUUCACUGAUGUGUAGCUUAUGAGUCCUUAUUGCCCACAGUUUGCUGUUUGUCUAUUUAUUUUGUUUGGAUUAGGUCUUUUCAUUUGCAUGAAAGAUCAUAGAAUCAUGAAAUCAUUGAAUGGUUUGGGUUAGAAGGGAUGCAAAAGAUCAUCCAAUUUCAAUACUUCUGCCAUGGACAGAGACACCUUCCAUUAGAGCACAUUGCUCAAAGCCCCGUCCUGGUGUCAAACACCUCCAGGAAUGGGGCAUCCACAGCUUCCCUGAGCAACCUGUUCCAGUGCCUCGCCACCCUCAGAAUAAAUAAUUUUUUCUUAAUAUCUAAUCUAAACUUAGUUCCUUUUAGUAUGAAUCAACUCUCUCUUGUGCUGUCACUACAUGCUUUUGUAAAAAGUCCAUCUUUUUUGUAGGUAGAGUUUCUGUUCAGUGUAUGUAGAAAUAUGUAGUAAAUAUUGCAGCAAAUACACAUCUCUUAACUGUACAAUAAUUCCUAAUGGGACAUUUGGCUUAUUUUGCCCUUAAUUAUAUCUGAGAUUGAAAUAUGCCUUUUGGAUUUUGGACCAUCUAUCGUUGUAUGAGUUGCUUGGUGUCUAUUUUAUUAAUAAAUGAUUUUUUUCUAUUUGGUUCUCUUAUUAAUGUUGACCACAUUGAACUAUGUAUACAUUUGAAAGGACAUUAAAGCCAUCUAAACAGCACAAUGUUCAAAAGUAAGCACUGAUGUCAGUUUUAGAAUAUCUGGAUCACUUUAGGCAGUUCUAGCCGCUAAACUCAUAUAAAACUAAAUGUGGCCUAUGAAUGCAUAAAAGACAAUGAAGAGAACUUCCUUUGACAUCCUACCCAAUACUAAUAGAUCAGAUCUCUUUCUGGAGUUGAUCCAUGCAGCUCUAUCACUUCAGUUGUACAAGACUUUUUUAUUAUAAAAUUAGUAUUUUUAUAUGCUUGUUUCAAAGAAGGAUUGCUGAUCAAAUAAUUUACACAGCACACCUGGCUUAAUGAGUUUUUUCAAAAAUAUUCACCUGAAGGAAAAGGUAGACAUCAGUAGUAAUGGAGUACAUCCUGUCGUAAAAUUCAUGUGUGAAUUUCUUUCUAGCAGAUGUUGUGGAGGAGAUGCCUAUACUGAGUCCUUGUGCUGUGGGUGGGAGCAGAUGUCCUGUCUGGAAUAAUCUCUGCCUAGGAAGGCAUAACAGUCUUCCAGAAGUGAUUUUGUUCUGUAAAUCUUCCUAGGUGGUUUUCCUUUUCUCUUUGAUUCUUCAAAAGCAGAACCAGCAUGUAGACCAUCUCAGGACAGAAGCCUCAGUCUAGUAUUUCUACUAGUGCUUCUAGUGAACAUUGCCAAGGAAAGGCUCUAGCUCUAUUAGCUAGAGUCCAUAAACAUAUUUUACUGGAAGCUUAGGAGGCAUGUUAAGCAUUUCCCUAAUAGACCCUAGAGAAACAUUUAAACUUUUCUUGAAGAAUGCUGUAGUUAAUGUUCUCUGUUGCAUAUCAUAUAGACACCAUGUGAUUCAGAAUCAGCUCCUUCCAUGCAUCACACCAGCUGUAGCAGGACAUGUAGACUGGGAGAUUGUGCUGCAACACAUAACUGCAAGUAGCUACAACAAGAGCAAACUCAUCUGUUUACUUAGGUGUCCUCUAGAGCAGCUGACCUAAAAGUUUUGUUUGAAAACGCAGGUUUUAAACAAUUCUACUAAAGGAAAGCACAGUGAAAGCCCUACAAAACAGUUCAUGCCUCUUCCAUGAAGAUUGCUACCAUGGAAAAGGCUCAUCUGCUUACUUAGGGCCAAGUUUUGUAUGCUGCCAUUUUCAGAAGGAAGAUGCUGCUAGGAGCUCCCAGCAGAGUGAUGAUUGAUAAGGGAUUGUCAUCCUUAUAAGGCACAACUGAGCCACUUGUGAAGGUCAAAUGCAUUUAGGACAAUCCUCUGUAGAGAGCCGUACUUGAAAAGCAUAGUAGGCGAGUUACAGUGCCAACAAAAGAGAUACUACAGAUCUUGAUUGCAUUUCAAGUUCUACUUACAGUAGCAUAGUAAUUAGUGGUGCUUAUGACUAAGAAAAUAACAGUAUGGCACAUCAAUAAGACAGCAGAAAUGCGAUGUUGGAACUGCAUCCUAAAAGAUUUUACAGUGGAUUAUGCCUGCACUUUGGGAAGUGAAGCCAUGAGAUGAAUAAAUUGGCAAAGAUUAGCUGUGAUCUUAUGCUUACAAUAUUUUUUCCUGAAAGAGCCAGUGGAGAUAUUUUGCAGUACUUUUUUCCAUCAUCCUCUUAGUUUGCGGUAAUGCAUUUUUGUAGAUGAAUUCCUUUAUACACAUUUCCAAGAGUGAUUUUUUUUUUUUUUUUUUGCAAUUCAUCAAUUAAUUUAAUUGACAGAAUCCUCUACUCAUCCUUUUAUCUCCCCUUAAUCACAAUCAAAUUAGUGGGGAGACAGCCAAAAUGUUAGGUACCAGUGUCUCUCAAGCAGAUGUCACACCACUAUUUUUUAGCUCGCUUAAAUGAAUAAACAUGUUAAACUGUGAAGUAUUACAUUUUAGAUUUUUUCAUUAAAAAAAAUGGGACAAUCUGUUUACUGUCCUUAAUUGAGACAACAAUCCUUGUGGUUGCCAGUUUUGGCAGUUGUAAUGAUGAACUAUAAAUAUUGGGACAGACUGACUGAUGAUUGUGGAGGAUAGUUCAAGUACAAUACUCAUUCUGCAUGAAUACUUUUUUCAGUGCUACAUUUUUUCUAGCUUCUGUGAUUGUUGUACUGGUUUUGCAUGUUAAAAACAAAUAAAUACCUGACUAGUCAAUCAA